AUUAACCAGUGGAACAGCUUCCUUCCAGGAGUUUUGGAGACACACCCUCUUCUGCAUUUUCCGAGAAGAUCCUGAGUCCAGCCUUGGUUUUUCUGCCUCCACCAUGUCAGACCCGGAGGAUGAGGAUGGUGAAACUUGUUGGAACAACCUGGAAAGCUUCCGUGUGAAGCUGAUUUCAGUGAUCGACCCUUCCAGAAUAACGCCUUACCUCCGGCAGUGCCGAGUCAUCAACCACGAUGACGAGGAGCAGGUCCUAAAUGAUCCCAGCCUAGUACUCCGGAAAAGGAAGACAGGGCUGCUCCUAGAUCUCCUCCAGAGGACGGGCAAAAAGGGUUUUGUGGCUUUCCUGGAGAGUCUGGAGUUGUACUACCCGCAUCUCUACAAGAAAAUAACAGGCAACGAGCCCACCCGGGUCUUCUCCAUGAUAAUAGACACGGCGGGAGAGUCCGGACUGAUGGAAGUGCUGAUGAACGAGGUGUCAAAGCUGCAGGCGGCCAUCCGAGAAGAAAGGCAGAAGGUCCAGGAGCUGAACGUGACCCUCAGCACCAAGGAGGAUGCCAUCAAGGAGAUGAGGGUGAGGGACAGCGUCCUGCGCAAAUACCAGGAGCGGGCACACAAGGUGAAGGAGGAGAGGGACUCCCUCAGCAAGGAACUGAUGCUAUGCCGAGAGGAGAACUACAAGCUGGCCAUGAAGUAUGCCAAGCAGAAUGAGGAGAAGAAUGUGGCCCUGAUGAAGAAUCGGGACCUGCAGCUGGAGAUCGACUGCCUGCGGCACAGUCUGAUCAAGGCUGAAGAUCACUGCAGCCUGGCACGGAAGCACACGCUGAACCUGAAGGAAGCCAUGGAGCAGCGGCCCAGCCACGAGGUGGUGUGGGAAAUCCAGCGGGAGAAAGACUUGCUGUUGGCCAAGAACAAGGAGCUGGAGAGCACCCUGCAGGUCACCAAGAAUGGCAGCUCCGAGAAGGAUGGGGUUUCCCUCCAGGCUCUUGAGGCCGAGUGGAGGCGGGUGCUGAAGGAGCAGCGGGAGCUGGUGAACACCACCUGCGAUUUACGCCAAGCGCUCCAGAGAGCCGAAGACGGGCGAGAUAAACUUGUAGGAGAGAAGGAGCUGCUGGAACUGAGAUGCACUUCCUUGCAAAACGAUAAUCAAAUUUACCAAAAUCGUAUCAAGGCUAUUUUAAAACAGCUGGAAGAAGUGGUGACUGAAAGAGAUCAGGCUCUUUUAACCCAGGAGGAAUGUCACAAGCAAUACUCCCAAGGCCUGAGAGAGAAAGACAGCUACCGGAAGCAGAUCCGGGAACUCGGGGAGCAUUGUGACGAACUGCAGCUUCAGCUCUUCCAGAAAGAAGGACGGUUGCUGAGUACCGAAACCCAGCUGAAACGGCUGUGCCGUGAUCCCUCCGCCAUGACUUCAGAUCUUGAAGAAAACUCAUCCCGCAGCUCUCAAGAGCUGACUCCCCAAGGAAAUCCAGACGAAGAUAGAAAAGGCACCAAACCAAGAAGGAGCCCAGCGGAUGGGGACCAGCCAGAGAAAGGGCACCGGCGAAUGAAGGACAGUUUUGAGCAUUAUCGAAGAAAGAGAGCUCUACGAAGAGUGCAGGAGAGCCGCCAACACGAAGCUUACUGGGAACAUUCCUCAGGAAGCGACAACACAGACACCGAAGGCUCCUGACUUUGUCUGCUACCUCCAAGGAGAAGUGGAGAAUUCAAGAGUCUCUUCAUCCUCUUCUCAUUUACAAGCAACAUGGGCAGCGGGAAAACUAAAUAAGUGCAUUAUUUUGCUGAGACCACCUUGAUUUUACAUACCUAUCCAGCUGACCGAAUGAGGCUGCCCAGAUUUCUUCCCACGGUUUAAAGGACUUGGGGAUCUGGAGCAGGUUUGGCUUCCAUCCAAAGAAGACUCAGUAGCUGUGUGGUUUAGCCACCGCUUCUUCCAUCUGGAUUUCAGACUCUAGAUUUCCUAGUUCUUGACUUCUGACUGGUUGCUUAGUGACAACCAGUUUCAAAGUUACAGCCACUUUAGCACUACCAGGUGUUUCCCCUACCACUGUGGCAAAGAACUCUGCAGCAUUUCCCCUGCCCGUCUCCCUCCAUUUUCCACUCCACCCUUAGAGUCUCCUUAGGCUUUGAGCUUUCUUCCCACCCACCCACCCGUGCACAUUCCCAUGUGAGAGGAUCAGGAAAGCAGGUGCACACACAUUCCAUUUGCUGCUCAUUUGCAAGGAACCAUCCCCUCCCCUUAUCCCCACGGGUCCACAGACCCUGAAAGAUUGGGAAAGUCUGCUGUAGAUCUUCUGGAAUCAAUAGAGAUCAUGUUGGGGACCGUGGGACAUAUUCUCUGUCCCUGCACCAAGUGCCUCCAUGUCAAAAGAGGAAAGCAUUUCAGAUGGACAAUUUUUUGCAGCCGCUUUGAAAAUAGUGCUCACUUCCAAACAGUGCUGUGCAGCCUGCGGGGAUGCUGAGGGUGGAACGGCCAGCUCUCCUUCUACAUGUUUUUAAUAUAAUGUGGUCCUUAAUAUGAUAGUCCUAGAGUUUAUUUAGUGACUGUUCAAAGUUACAACAGCACUGAAAAAGGGACGACAGUUUUUUUUUUACAUUUAUGACCAUUGCAACACUCCCAUUGUCACAAACAAAAUUUAGACGCUUGUCAACUGACUCACACUUCUGAUGGUUUCACUGUCCCGGGGUGAUGUGUUCCCCUUUUGUUACUUUUGAACAAGCAAAGCCACUGAGCCAAAGAACUCUGCAGCAUUUCCCUGGCUGUCUCCCUCCAAUUUCCAUUCCACCCCUAGAGUCUCCUUAGGCUUUGGGCCUUCUUCCCACCCUGCUGAGUCCCAUUGACCUCCUCCACAACCCCAUCACUGAUCUUUUACUGUAGAUCAGGGGUCCCCAUCCCCUGGGCCGCAACCCACUACUGGGCCAUGAACUGUUUGAAACCGAUGGGUGAGUGUGCAUGCACACACACACACAUAUUUGUGUGAGCAGCAGAUAAGUAUGUGCACACGCACUCCAUUUGCUGGCCAUUCCUGUGGAACCAUCCCUUCCCCCUUCCCCCACCAGUCUACAGAGCCAGAAAGAUUGGGGAACUCUGCUGUAGAUUUCCUUCUGGAAUCAAGAGAUCAUGUUGGGGACGGAGAGAGAUCUUCUCUGUCCCUGCACCAUGUGCCUCCAUGCCAAGUGGGAAGCAUUUCAGAUGGACAAUUUUUUGCAGCCACUUUGAAUAGCGUUCACUUCCAGACAGUGCAGUAUUCUCCCCUCCCCAUCUUCAAAAAUUUUAUUUCAUUAUAUUGUCUUUUAAUGUAUAAUGCUAUUCCCUUUUUUGCUUUGGUCAGCCAGAGUCGUAUAUAAGUUACCUAGUUUUUCCUAUUCCAAAAUUUUUCUGUGUUGCUUUCUAAUAUGUACUUCCUAUAACCAUUUAAUGUCCAAUUUCAGUAUCUCUAAUUUGUUAAAUGUUCUUUUUAUUGCCAAGUUUAAUCCAUUUAUAUUAAUGGAGAUUACUUUUAUUUCUUCCUCCAUUUCAUUGGUUUAUAGGUUUCGUUGAUCUAGUCAUUCUUAGCUCCAUCUCCUCCUUUGUCUCUUUGGCCCUUGCUCCUUCUCUUCCUGUUCUUUCUCCAUCUCCUUUUGAUCUUUUCCCUUAGCUUCCUGGCAUUUAGCUCCUCCUUCUUCUCUUACCAGCAUUCCCUCCUGUGCUGCUAUAUGAUGUUCAUAAAAUAAUUCUGCUUUC